AUGGUUUGCGAUGGUCGCGCAAUGCUGUGCCUCGAGUCCCUGGUGACAAGGUGGCGUGAACGUGGUGAACGGGGUGAAAGGCGAACCCGGUCGCGUAGCCUAUGCUCUUCAGCAGCCGAUGGCAGCCUCCUCCAACUGCUGCAAAGACGAGCCAGUAGUGCUAUGACAUUUAAUAAAAAGAAAUGGCAAUAUGCACUUCUGAAUAAUUUAAAUAAGAAGAACCUUGAAGAGUAUCGCGUGGAAGAAUGCCAAAGCGUUACCUGCUCGUUUGAGGGUAUUUUCAACAAAUUCGAGCAGAUUGAAUAUUAUCCUUGUUUAGAAAUUUGUAAUUCCUAA